CAACGGACAUGUUGCGAACAAAGAUGGCAAUGUUUUUCCCAUUGUUCCUGCUGAUCUGCUGUGUCUCUUCAACUCAACUCCAAACAGAGUCUGACAGCAACAUUAUUCCACACUUACAGCAAACUGAAUCAACAGAACAGGAACCAGCUAACACCUCUGAAAACCAACAAACCUGUACAAGUGACAUCCACGCUGUGCUGAGAGAGAUGAGCGCCUUGUUGGGAGGACUGAAGGUGGAGGUGACGUACUUACAGACAGAGAACAAAGCUCUAGCAGCUAAAGUGAGAGAACUGGAGCUGCAGAAGACUGAGUUGGACGAGCUGAAGGAACAGUACCAAGGACAGGAAGGAGAACUGAUAAACCUUAAAGACAGGACCAAGAUCACAGAAAACGAUGUGGAGGCUCUGAAGAGAGCAGAAGAAGUGAAACAAGUGGCUUUCUCAGCCUCACUGCUGGAUUCAGACAUGGAUGGAUACAUUGGACCCUUCAACACACUAACAACUUUGGUUUUCAGACGUGUUGUUACAAAUAUUGGAAAUGCCUACAGUCCACAUACAGGUUUUUUCAUUGCACCAGUGAGAGGCGCCUACCACUUUGAGUUCUACAUUGGUGCAUAUGGACAUACUUCAUAUCCUUCAGGUGCAGUGCUGGUCAGGAAUGGAGAGCAUGUUUUUAUUGCAUAUGAACAUCAGCCUUCCCAUUAUGGGAGCAGUUCUAAUGGUGCUACGUUGCUGUUAGAGGUUGGAGAUGUGGUGUUUUUGCGCUUGUGGACAAACUCAAGGAUUUUUGACAGUGAGAAUCACCAUAGUACCUUCAGUGGUCAUCUGCUCUUCGCCAUGUGAGCAGAACAAACCUUUUUUGUCUUCAUCUACUUUAUACAAUAGACAAGAAUGCAGUGUAUAUUGUAGCGGAAAUUACUCUUAAAGUCAACCAAUGGUAAAGCAGUAUCUAAGUGAUGUCUAUAGAUUUUGUGAAACAUUUCCAUUAUAAUAUCUAUUUAGUUGCUGAUAUAACAUAUGAUAACAGUCUUUCCCAUCUGCAUCCGUGUCUUGAUUUGAAGACAAAUAGUGUUUGUGUAAACAUUUCAUUAGGUAAAUACAGUAAUUCAGUGUGUAUUUAGUGUUUCAGUGUUUAUUUCUUGAUUCUUUACACCGUUAGGAUCUGUAGAAACUUCCUUCUACCUUUGAAUGCUUUGUGUCUUUUUCUAGAUAAUUCAGUAACACAUGACCAGAGUACCAGUACUUCAUUAACUCUUCUUUAUCCUGUUAAAAAACCUACAUGACAAAGCUUUGCAGGAACCAGCAUUUGUAUUCUGCUGUACACUUUCUCUCUUCAGCUCCCAACGAAGGCGGUCUCAUUUUUCCCUCGCUCUCUUCUCCCUUAUCUUCCCUGCUUCUUAGAUAAUUAUUUAGAAGAGGAUAUUAACAAUACUAACAUUUUCAGCAUAUAGAAGUGACUCAAAUUAGAUGUGCUGACACUGGUGUAAUCAAUAACUGUAUGUGAUUCAUAGUAGAUGUGUGGACAUUGACGUAAUCAAUAACUACAUAAUCAAAUUACUAACAUACAUAUAAUCAAUAGGAAGGGAGUCUCAUGACAGUGGUAAGGUUGAAAAUAUUAGUUGUAUAGGGUAUUUGUCUGAGGGGAUACAAACAAGUAACUGACCUUGCCGUAACGAAAGGGAUUCACCCGAAAGCAUGUGAGAUAAAACAGAGAACAAUAGAGGUGUUGUUUGAGAACAGGCUGAUUGUGGAAGGGUGGAAAUAGGUGUUGGGGAGGGCUAGAUAGGAUGGACUUUUCUCUUUCUUCUAGGGCGCUGUCCCCGGAGACUGGAGGACCUGAGUGGCUGGAGGUCGGGACCGACCUGUCCACCACCGACGGGAGAGUUUAGUCUAAACCACGACUCCCCCCACCUUUACACAACUAAUCAUAUUCAUUUUAUUGAAACUGUGAUAAUGAUGUGAAACUACUGAAAAUCAUCCUUUUCUGGGACGUUGGCCAAGACUAACUGAACAGACAAGGUCCAUGUGCAUGUAAUUC